CUUUUUCACGCCGUGAUUGCAGUUGGUUUACUCUGAAUUUUUGUAAUUUUGAUCGAAUAUUGGAGUCAAUUCCCUCUGAAUUGCUUCACCAGAAGAAAUUUCAUCUGAUAGGCUCCGUUGAGAAUCGGAAUGUGAUUGCAGUUGGUUUCGUCAGAAUUUAUGUUAUUUUGAUGGAAGAUUGGAGUCGGUUCCCUCUGAAUUGCUUCAAAAGAAGAAAGUCCAUCUGAUCGGCUUCGUUGAGAAUCAGAAUGGAGACUCAAGAAAACAUUGUUGCUGGAACUCAUAUCUGGGUUGAAGAUCAAGAAUUGGCUUUUAUAGAUGGAAUUGUUGUCGACGUUGUAGAACAGGAAGUUGAGAUUCAAACAAGUGAUGCGAGGACGAUUUUUGCAAACUUAUCAAAAGUAUACCCAAAGGAUGUAGAAGCUCCCGCUGGUGGUGUUGAUGACAUGACUAAGAUAUCAUAUUUGCAUGAACCUGGAGUCCUGCACAAUUUAGCAACCAGAUAUGAAAUCAAUGAAAUUUAUACCUACACAGGAAACAUUCUGAUUGCAGUCAAUCCUUUUCAAGGACUCUCAAAUUUGUAUGAUGCUUAUAUGAUGGAACAGUACAAGGGAGCACCAUUUGGGAAGCUAAGACCUCAUGUAUUUGCAAUUGCUGAUUUUGCAUAUAGGACAAUGUUUAAUGAAAAAAAAAGCAACUCUAUACUGGUCAGUGGUGAGAGUGGGUCUGGUAAGACUGAGACCACCAAAAUGCUCAUGCGAUACCUUGCAUAUUUUGGUGGCCGUGCUUCCGCUGAAGGACGGACUGUUGAACAGCAAGUUUUAGAAUCAAAUCCAGUUCUCGAAGCAUUUGGCAACGCAAAAACUGUUAAAAACAACAAUUCCAGUCGUUUUGGGAAAUUUGUUGAGAUUCAGUUUGAUAAGCAAGGAAAAAUAUCAGGGGCAGCCAUCAGAACUUAUCUUUUGGAGAGAUCUCGUGUUUGCCAAAUUUCAGAUCCUGAGCGUAACUAUCACUGUUUUUACCUUCUCUGUGCAGCACCACCAGAGGAGAUUGAGAGAUAUAAGCUGGGAAAUCCCAAGUCAUUUCACUAUCUUAAUCAAUCCAAGUGCUAUGAAUUGGUUGGUGUGAGUGAUGCUAAUGAUUAUCUUGCAACAAGGAGAGCUAUGGAUAUUCUUGGAAUGAGUAAGAAAGAACAGGAUGCAAUAUUUAGAGUUGUGGCUGCUAUUCUUCAUCUUGGUAACAUUGAUUUUGCCAAGGGGGAUGAAGAUUCAUCAGUUAUAAAAGAUGAUGAGUCAAAAUUCCAUCUUAAAAUGACAGCAGAGCUUCUCAUGUGUGAUCCUCAUGCACUGGAAGAUGCAUUGUGUAAACGUGUAAUGAUUACUAGAGAAGAAAUUAUCAAAAAAAGUCUUGAUCCACUUGGUGCGACAGUUAGCAGGGAUGGCCUGGCCAAGACUAUAUAUGCUCGCUUGUUUGACUGGUUGGUUGACAAAAUUAACAUCUCCAUUGGCCAAGAUCCUCGUUCAAAUUGCUUGAUUGGGAUCCUUGAUAUUUAUGGUUUUGAAAGCUUUGAAACUAACAGUUUUGAGCAGUUCUGUAUUAACCUUACAAACGAAAAGCUACAACAACAUUUCAACCAGCAUGUGUUCAAGAUGGAGCAGAAUGAAUACUCAAAAGAGGAAAUUGAUUGGAGCUAUGUAGAGUUCAUUGAUAACCAAGAUGUGCUAGAUCUUAUUGAGAAGAAGCCAGGAGGAAUCAUUGCUUUACUUGAUGAAGCAUGUAUGUUUCCUAAGUCAAGUCAUGAAACAUUUGCACAAAAGCUUUACCAGACAUUCAAAGAUCACAAACGCUUCAUAAAGCCAAAAUUGACUCGCUCGGACUUUACUAUCGUUCAUUACGCGGGAGAGGUUCAGUAUCAGUCAGAUCUCUUUUUAGACAAAAACAAAGACUAUGUUGUUCCUGAACAUCAGAAUUUGUUGAGUGCUUCCAACUGUUCUUUUGUGGCAGCCCUUUUUCCUCCGCUUUCUGUGGAGACAACUAAGUCUUCUAAGUUUUCAUCUAUAGGUUCUCGUUUUAAGCUACAACUACAACAAUUGAUGGAUACACUAAAUUCUACAGAGCCUCUUUACAUUAGAUGUGUGAAGCCAAACAAUUUGCUGAAACCUGCCUUAUUUGAUAAUAUUAGUGUCAUGCAACAGCUACGUUCUGGUGGUGUUCUAGAGGCCAUUAGAAUCAAAUGUGCUGGAUAUCCUGCACAUAGAACUUUCUCUGAAUUUCUAGAUCGAUUUAGUAUUCUUGCACCAGAGAUUCUGAAACAGAACUAUGAAGAAAAAGAUGCUUGCAAAUGGAUAUUGGCAAAGAUGGAACUUACAGGGUAUCAGAUUGGGAAAACAAAGGUUUUCCUAAGAGCUGGUCAGUUGGCUGAGUUAGAUGCACGGAGAACAGUAGUACUUGGUGGUUCAGCUAAGGUUAUUCAAAGUCAAGUUAGAACUCUUAUUACUCAAAAACAUUACAAUGCUAUUUGCUGCGCUUCUGUUCAUAUACAAUCUUUUUGUCGAGGGGAAUUGGCUCGCCAAUACUAUACAUACCUGAAGAGAGCAACAGCUGCUGUUAAAAUUCAGAAGAAUUUGCGAAGACUAGUAUCAAGAAAAGACUAUUUUAAUGUAAAGGCUGCUGCAAUUCUAUUGCAGACAUGCUUACGGACAAUGGCUGCUCAGCGUGAAUUCAGAUAUAGACGGCAUGCUAGGGCUGCAGUUAUUAUUCAGGCCCGUUGGGGCAGCCACAGAGCUUCUUCAUACUAUAAGAAACUCAGAACAGCAUUGGUUUUUACACAAAGCAGAUGGAGAGGAAUAACAGCCCAGAGAGAGGUUAGGAAACUAAAAAUGACUGAUACAAAAGAAGCGAAAGGAGAAGAGAUAUCAGAUUUGUGGGAUUCUCACCAAGCUGUGCAGUGUGAAGUAGAUGAACUAAAUGCAUUGCAUAUCAAGGAACGUGAGGCUGCACAGGAAGCAAAUGAACCAUGCACUAUGACCAGCAAAACCUUGAUCGAUGUCCAAGAGGCUGAGGUGGAGAAUCAUUCUAAUCAAACUGAAUUUCAGUUAUCUGUGAAGGAAAGUGAGGGUACACCAGAUGCAAAUGAACCAUGCUCAACCUACAAAACCUCGAUUUCUGUUGAAGAGGCCGAAAAGAUUGAAACUCUCAUGACAGAAGUUGAGAAGAUGAAGGAGGCUGAAAAGAUUGGGACCCUCACUGAAGAAGUGGAGAAGUUGAAGGCCUUGUUGCGGGCAGAAACGCGAAGAUCCGAGUAUGCUGAAAGGCAAUGUCUUGAAGCCUGGGAAGUAAGUGAGAAAAGACUUAAGAAAUUAGAAGAAACUGAAAGAAGAGUUUAUCAACUUCAAGACUCAUUGAACAGGCUGUUAUUUUGCAUGUCAGAGCAAUUUUCACAGCUGAAGACGAUCUUACGUUCUUCAUUAACAUCGACUUCAUCUUCUCGACCCAUUAUUCGGGAGGAGCAUUCUGAUACUUCGGAUAACUCUGAUGCUUCAUCAUCUGACUCUGAUUUCACUUUUCCAGCUCCAGUUCUUACCUCUGCUAACUUCUCUUCAUAUAAACCCAAUGCCCUUCAGCUGAUAGUGCAGGACCUUUCAGCCACUGAAAUUACAGGAUGUGAGAAGUGGGACAAAGGCAAAGAAGCAGCGUUUGAUGAUUACUUCUGAUGGAACGGAUUGUUAUAUUCAUUUCUGUUCUUUCUAACUUAGAUGUUAAUAUAGUCAUGUGUCUGUUGGCAUCUUAGACUAGGCACCUUUUACUCAAAUGAUUUGUUAUAUAGACUUCAUACAAGAUCUUAGAUGGACCAUUUCUCUCGGGGUGCUGUAGAUUAACUAGUCAGGUACUUCUAUCAAACUAUCAAUUCAGGAAAAAAUAGAUUAGUAUUAGCAGUUUGCAAAUAUUCAUAUGUUCAUUGGUUAUUUUAAUAAGGAGUGAAAGUGCAGGACUGCCGUAUGCUAAAAAAUUAUUCAGAAUGAAUCUACUCUGCCCCACAUUGUGUCUUUACUUUUAUAUGAUUUAUGAAUCAUGAAGUGGUAAUCAAUUCUGCAUCAUGCUUUGUCAAACUCAAGGGAUCAUUCAGCGAUAAAGAGAGGACUGCAUCAAUGAAUUUAGGAGAUACAGCAAGAGAGCACUGAAGGGCACACAUUUUGUUGCCUGU